AUGACUUAUUCAUUCAAAAAUGUGAUCCCAAGCACCUUAUCGCCCGUGAUCCUGGUGCAAAUCAUGGAUUUGCAAAAGUUGCCAAUGGAAGUAUUCGCACAAAUACUUAGUUACUUGCCUCUGGACACCUUGAGGAACCUUUAUGACAUCCUAGAAUUCUCAAACGAAUGGAAAGCUCUAGUAGUAGCCGAACUAUAUGGACACAUAAGCACAGAUCCUGAGCGGCAAGACGAAAAAAGGUUUAGAGUUGUGUCGCCUACAGAGUUUCAUCGACUCGCUUCUGGAAGGAUCAAUGUUCAAGUACAACACUUAGAGAUAAUUGAAGAAGACAGUCAUUUUGAGGAGUUUUUGAAAUUUUAUCGUAGCUUCUUGGAAAGAAUUCCCAAGAUCACUUUUAGUGGAGAUGAAUUUGGAUAUAAUACCUACGAUUCUUUGAUCAGAACUCAUAACCUAGUUGAAAUCGAUAUCGACAUCAUUAUGGAAUGGAGAUUUACUUUGAAUUCGGGUCAAGAAGUCAUUCAUUUCAAUGAACUUCCCUUUAACUUAGAGAUUUUGACGGUUUACCUGGUAGACUCGGAUAUAACAUUGAAGGAAUUGCCUGAAACGAUUAAGAGCAUCAGCGUGAUUUGGAAAAACGGAUACUCUCUUUCUGAUAUCAUAACAGAUGGCAAUUCCGAGGACUCCGAUGACUCCGAUAAUGAACAUGAGGGAUUUCGUGGCACUGUUCUGGAUUGGGAGCUUCCUGACAAUCUACUGCGUCUAUCACUAUCUUUAUUUUCAAAAGAAGGUUUGAAACUUCCCAGGCGCCUCACUCAUUUGUCUUUAAGAGCAUGUGGCAUCGAAGCAAUGGAUAUUAUUGAACUUAAGUUACCCAAGAGUUUGAAAGAAUUGGAGUUAGAUAAUAAUCCAAUUAAAGAUUUGUCUGGAGUCACCUUCCCUCCCCUUCUCGAAAUCCUUCUGCUAGAAAACUGUGGGAUUGAAUCGUUGACAUUUACGAAGUUUCCUGAACUGCUCAAAUCUCUUAAUAUUAGUCACAAUUCGUUCCAAGGAUUGAAAAAUGUCACAUUUCCCAAGUUGAAGGUUCUCAAUAUAUGGAGUCCUGAGCCCUUUUCUUUGUCAAAUGUAAGUUUUCCAGAGACAAUUGAAAGGCUUAAAGUGAGAUUACCCAAUUUUGAAUGGAAGGAUGCAUACCUGCUUGCAAACUUGAAAGCAUUGGAUGUCAGUCUUGAUGAGGGGAGUCUUGUUUUCCCUUCAGAUUUAGAGGAGUUGACUUUAAGGUUUGAUAAGAAGGUAUGUUCUUUAAAGUUACCGCAAUCUAUUCAGAGGGUAUCUGUCUACAAAGGCGAAGUUAGAAUCUUCGAGCAAGACCUUUAUAGUCUCCAGGAAUUGUGCCUUGAGAAUUUAAACCAAAAUGCAGAAAGCGACGAAGAGGGUAAGGUCAGAGUACCAUGA